CCACGGUGUCAGAAUCAGAUCGAAGCAGAGAGUUAAGCUUUGCUCUGCGAGUGGAUCUCUCUACCUGAGUUCAGAGGCAAACGCUCUCUCCCACGUGAUCUCCGACCAGAUAAAUCUUUGGGACAAUGAAUUUUCUGCUGCGGCCUGCUCAAAAUGCAGCUGCAGAACAGCCAUCUACAAAUGAAUCUCCUGCAGAUACACAUUAUAAGUCAAAACCUGCAGCAACUUUGGAGGGUCUUAUAGCUGAAGAUCCAUAUCCACGGUAUUCCGCAGUUGAUGAUCGCAAUGGAGGGACUGUUGGAGGUGGAGGUGAAAAUGGCAGUGUUGGAGAUCCACAUGGAAAAAAUGAGUCCUCUACUGUAGUGAAGCACUCCGAUGUCUCUGAAGAAGAAGGAUGUAUUACCAUUCCAUAUAAGGAACUACCUAACAGUUGGAAUGAUGCACCAGAUAUUAAUUCAUUACGCUCAAUUGACCGUUCCUUUGUUUUCCCUGGUGAACAAGUUCAUAUCUUGGCAUGCUUGUCAGCGUAUAAGCAGGAUACCGAAAUUAUUACUCCAUUUAAAGUUGCUGCAGUAAUGAGUAAGAAUGGCAUUGGGCAGAGCCCCAAGAAACAAAAUGGAAACAUAGAAGAUGGAACAAAUUCAGUGGCUGGAGAAGGCCAAAGUCCUGAUGGUCAAGAUAUUGAUAAGAAUGGUGAAAAGCUAUCAGAAGAAAAGAUUGAUCCUGUAGAGAAUGUUUCUGCUAGUGAAUCCCUUCUAAGAAUGGAAGAUCACAGGAGACAGACAGAGACAUUGUUGCAAAGGUUUGAGAACUCCCAUUUUUUUGUUAGGAUUGCAGAUUCAGGUGAUUCACUGUGGUCAAAAAAAAGUUCUCACAAGAAAUCUUCAGAAUCUUUGGAGAUGAAUGGUCAAGAUUCUACAGCUAAUGGAACCCAAAAAACUGCACAAAGCAUCCCUCAUUUUAAUGCAGUUAUCGAUAGAGGAAAUUUUGAUGCCAAUGUUUCUGGUGGAGUGGCAAGAAAUUGUAUUAAGUGUUGCUCUCUUUCUAAUGGAGACAUAGCGGUGCUUUUACAGGUGAAUGUUGGUGUUGAUUUUUUGAGAGACCCUGUCAUUGAAAUUCUUCAAUUUGAGAAAUAUCAGGACAGAAAUUUGUCUUCUGAAAGCCAGGACAACUCUGUUUGUGCAAGUCAGGAUCCAUGUGGAGAACUGUUAAAAUGGUUGCUUCCCUUAGAUAACACUGUCCCUCCACCUCGUCCUUUAUCUCCCCCUCCUCUAAGUUCCGCUUCAGGAAUUGGUAACUCAUCUCAAAAGUCAACUUUUUCUUCCUCUUCUGGCUCUCAACUCUUUUCUUUUGGCCAUUUUAGAAGUUACUCCAUGUCAUCACUACCUCAAAAUACUGCACCAAGUCCUGGACCUGCUAAAGCUGCCAGUGCUAAGCCAAGCUUUGACGUUGAAGAAUGGGAUCAGUUCUCAUCUCAGAAGCCUUCAAAGAGUCAAAAGGUUGGAAGUGAAGAGCUCUUAUCUUUCCGAGGUGUGGCUUUGGAGCGAGAACGUUUUUCUGUUCGUUGUGGAUUAGAAGGCAUCUAUAUACCAGGUAAAAGGUGGAGGAGAAAACUUGAAAUUAUUCAACCUGUAGAAAUCCAUUCGUUUGCUGCUGACUGCAAUACAGAUGACCUUAUAUGUGUUCAAGUAAAGAACAUAUCUCCAGCACAUACACCUGAUAUUGUGGUAUACAUAGAUGCUAUAACAAUUGUUUUUGAGGAGGCUUUGAAAGAUGGACCACCCUCAUCAUUACCAAUUGCAUGUAUUGAAGCUGGAAAUGAACACAGUUUGCCGAACCUAGCCCUCAGGAGGGGCGAAGAGCACUCUUUUAUUCUUAAACCUGCAACUUCUAUGUUGAAGAAUCUCAAGGCUCAUGGUGAAAGAAGCUCACAGUUGUCACAACUAUCAUCUGGAAAUGUAGCAUCAAGUUUGCGCCUUCUCUCCAAAACUGUUGAAGGGAAGAGGAUUGCUUCGACUGCUGAUCAGUAUGCAAUUAUGGUGUCAUGUCGGUGCAACUACACUGAGUCAAGGUUGUUUUUCAAGCAGCCAACAAAAUGGCGACCCCGUAUCUCAAGGGAUCUUAUGAUCUCUGUUGCAUCUGAAAUGUCAGGACAAUCUGCCAGCCCCAAUGGAGUCUCCCAGCUUCCUGUUCAGGUCCUAACUCUUCAGGCUUCAAACUUGACAUCUGAAGCUCUUACUUUGACAGUUCUUGCUCCAGCCUCAUUUAUUUCUGUUCCUUCUGUGGUGUCAUUAAAUUCCUCACCAACAACACCAAUGAGUCCAUUUGCUGGGUUUUCUGAGCUAACAAGUAGGGUUGGUGACAGACGUGGUAGUGCUAUGCAAAGGCUGGGCUCAGCGCCUUUUCUAUCAGAUAAUCAGAAAAAGAAUGGUGAUGUUGGAGCUCGGUCAGUUUCCUUUAAUGGGCAGGCUUCUCCUUCAUCUGAUGUUGUUCCAAGUACUGGUCUGGGUUGUACGCAUCUGUGGCUGCAGAGUAGAGUUCCAUUAGGAUCUGUUCCAUCUCAAUCUACGGCAACCAUCAAGCUUGAGCUGCUUCCAUUGACUGAUGGCAUAAUUACAUUGGACACGUUACAAAUUGAUGUCAAGGAGAAAGGUCUUGCCUAUGUCCCUGAGCACUCGCUGAAGAUCAAUGCAACUUCCAGCAUUUCCACAGUGAUUGUUUAGGAUUGAACCAUUUUAAUUUCCAUUUUUACCACAUUAUCUUCAACAGGGAAAAGAAGUUUGAUGUGUUAACUUAUCCAUUAAACCAGCAUUAAGCUUGUCUUGCCAUACAAAAAACUAGCACCAAGUACAUGUUUGCCUCUCUCGAGUGAAGUUGGUAUUGUCAUGUCAAUUUGUUUUAGAAAUUUAGCUUCACACUGUGUAUUGUAUACUAUGAUCUUGAGAAUGGUAGUUGUUAUAUACCCUUUACAGGAAAAGAAUGUGCGCUUUGUAGAUUAUCUUCUUUGUUAAAAUUUUACUCAUAUUCAUACUACUGAAUAAAAGCAGAAAAAAUCGUUAUAGCUCUU